CACACACUACACUGUUACACACACUACACUGUUAAACACACUACACUGUAACACACACUACACUGUUACACACACACUACACUGUAACACACACUACACUGUUGCAUACACACCACACUGUAAGACACACUACACUGUUACACACACACUACACUGUUGUUGCAUACACACCACACUGUUACACACACUACAGUGUUACUAGCAGAAAAUCUAAUGAAUCAAACUUCACGUAUUUGGUUCACAUUAAGUGGGUUGAGUGUGAGUAUAAUCAUACAUUUCCUAACUUUCUCUCUGUCUGUCUGUCUCUCUUCAGGUCUCUCCGGCCUGUGAUGAGGUGUUAGUGAAUGGUAAAGAGAUGAGGGGGCGUGUCUCUGUGCAGGUGAACUUUACAUACCUGUAUCUGAACAGCCAAUUAGAGUUGAGCGUCUGGGUGCCACGGUUACCGCUACAGAUUGACGUCUCUGAUGUGGAACUGAGUCAGGUGAAAGGAUGGAGAGUCCCUAUCACCGGAAACAAGAGGCCGACCCGGGACAGUGAGGAUGAUGAUGAUGAUGAGCGUAAAGGGAAAGGAUGCACGCUGCAGUAUCAGUACGCUCUUGUUCGGGUUCUCACACACUUCGUGGCGGAACCGAGCGACCCCGCUGAUGACCUCAUCCACAUGCUGGGACCUGAUUGGUUGGCAGACAUAACAGACCUGGUGCUGGAUUUCCUGAAGGUGGAGGACGAGCGAAUUGCACGACUCACAGAUGGAAGAGUGUUAAUGGGGAGGGACCUGGGCAUCACCACCAUACAGGUGAUCUCUCCUCUGUCGGACUCGAUCCUGGCUGAGAGAACCAUCACGGUGCUGGAUGAUAAAGUCAGCGUCUCCGAUCUCAUUGUUCAGAUUGUCGGAUCUCUCUCUCUCUCCCUUCAACUCAGUCCACAGCACAAUAAUGUCAUUUAUAUCACUGCUACUGCUAACAACCUGCUACACACACACAAACAGGAAGCAGUAAUCAGCGCAUGGAUUCAAUACAGCGAUGGCUCUGCGACGCCUCUCGACAUCUACGACCCUAAAGACUUCACGCUAGCUGUGACCUCACAGAAUGAGCACAUAGUCUCCACCAAUCAGGAUCAGCUUCAUCCCUGGCCCAUCGUGACAGCUGAGCAUGAAGGUCAAGGGUCACUGGUGCGUGUAGAGAUGCUGAUCUCCGAAACGUGCCAGAAGUCCAAGAGGAAGAGUGUGUUAGCAAUGGGUGUUGGAGGUGUUCGGGUUAAAUUUGGCCAGGAAGAGAAGAGUAGGGUGCAGGUGGAGGGAGGAUACAGUGAUUUGGACAAUGGCACCAGCGAACAUAAACAGGAUGUCCAGGUUUUAGAAGAAGAUAAUGAUGGAGGUGGAUGGAAGUUCACGAACGCGGAGGAAGUUGCACUUAGGAAGGUCAGCGCCACUACAAAGUCAGCCAUAACCAAUCAGGGGAGCAAUAAUGAAGCAUGGGGGGAGGGGCAAAUCAAUAAUCCCACCCAGGAUGAGAUCCCUAGUGACGAGCUCACUGCAAACCCACGGCAUCUUUCAGACCUCGAGAUCGGCAUGUACGCGCUGCUCGGUGUCUUCGGCCUCGCCAUCCUCGUCUUCCUCAUCAACUGCAUCAGCUUCGCCUUCCGCUACCGACACAAACAGCUUCCCGUUUUGGACCGCAGCACUCUUAACCAUGCCCACGACUGGGUGUGGCUCGGGAAUGGGGCAGAGCUUCAAGAUCGGCAUCACGGCGACGCUGAGCUCACUACAACAGCCGUCGACCGGAAUGAAGGUGUAGAGGAAAGCAAAUUUCUGCUGAACAUGAACCUGAAUGGGGGCGGGUCUCAGAAAAGAAGCUCCACCCACACACAGGAAGGGGCAGAGCCGAGCGUGAAAAAGAGAGUGAAAUUUACACCUUUCACAACAGUCAUGACGGACGAGAGCACGCCGUACGCUAACGUGAUAGGAAACGAAGAUGAUAUAAAGUGGGUGUGUCAGGACGUGGACAUGGGGACGUAUAUGGAGAGACUACAAGACAAUCUGUGAAUAAAGGAAUAAAAACAUAAGAGAGAGAGAGAGAGAGAGAGAGAGAGAGAGAAAACAGACUCAAAACAAACUCACCUGUAAUGCCUUUGCAUGGAGGAGGAAAAAUUCAUCCGCGCCGGAGUGAGAAAGAAGCGGGGGAAAAAACAUGAAAAUAAUGAAAUGAACGAUGAACAGAUAAAAGUUUAUUUAUUGCUUUUAUUUCAUAAAGUGUUAAAGAGGAAGUUUAAAUACACAGAGCGUGAAAAAAGCACAGAGAGAUAAAGAAAGAAUGACAGAAAGAGAAGAACAAGAGUAUUACAGAAAGUCCAAAAGCAACAAGGCAGAGAAAGAGAGACAGGAGAGAGAGACAGGAGAGCGAGAGAGAGAGACACACACAGGUUGUUAUUAAAAUCGAUUUCUUCUUCCUGUUUUUAUUUUGGUGUUGACGUCACUGAUUUUUUUGGCUGAAGUUAUUUAUUUACAGGGAAGUUGAUCAGCUUUAGA